AUGACCACGGCUAUGGUCGGCAGCGGAGAUAACGCGCGCAUCGCCAUUAUCCCACUGGAGAAAGACCACAAGGCGGCGUAUGCAGCCUCCGAAAUGGGGAAGUGGCCCGCUUCGCCCUCUCUCGUGCAGCGGCCAACAAAAACCACGUCCCAUCAAGCGUUGCCUAGUAUGGACGGCGAUACUGCUAGGGGUUUGUAA